UGACUGCGGGGGAUUAAGGUUUCCUGAGCCCUUCCUUCUGCUGCUCUCUCUUAUUGAUCGUCAUCUCUCGUUCCUCCUGGUCCUUUCUCUCUCUUCCUCUCCUUUAUCUUGUCCUCUGCGACAUGUCUCGCGAAACCUCGUCUCGCCUCGUUGCUUUCCAUUGUCGCUCUCUUCGUUGAUCCGGAUCUCUUACCUCUGUCUCAUUGUCUCGUUUGAUCUCCAACCCACACACCAUGCGGCAAUCCUCCGUCGAUGCCAGCGCCGACGCGGCGUUGGCGAGAAUGGGUUACAAGAGCGAGCUGCCUCGCAACCUGAGCAUGCUGAGCGUCCUCGGACUCUCCUUCGCAAUCAUGGCCGCCCCAUAUGGCCUGAGCACCACGCUGUACAUUACUCUCACCGACGGCCAGUCCGUCAGCGUUAUCUGGGGCUGGGUGCUGGUCACUCUGAUUUCCCUCGCGAUUGCCGCCUCCCUGGCCGAAAUAUGCGCCGUGUAUCCGACCGCCGGCGGCGUUUACUACUGGAGCGCCAUGCUCUCGACCAAGGAGUGGGCGCCCAUGAUGUCUUUUAUUGACGGCUGGUUGACCCUUGUGGGGAAUUGGACCGUCACGCUGAGUAUCACCUUUGGCGGCGCCCAAUUGAUCCUCAGCGCCAUCUCCCUGUGGGAUGAGACCUUUGUCGCCAAUGCCUGGCAGACGGUCCUGAUGUUUUGGGCGGUGAUUCUCUUCUGCGCGCUGGUCAAUAUAUUCUUCUCUAAGUGGCUGGAUUUGAUCAACAAGGUCUGCAUCUUCUGGACGGCCGCCAGCGUCAUCAUCAUUCUGGUGACGCUGUUGGUCAUGGCUGAUGAUCGCCGAGACGGCGCGUUCGUGUUUGGUCAUUAUGAUGCUUCGGAAAGUGGAUGGCCGUCCGGAUGGGCCUUCUUCGUCGGCUUGUUGCAGGCUGCCUAUACUCUGACCGGGUAUGGCAUGGUGGCGGCCAUGUGCGAGGAAGUGCAGAACCCCCACCGCGAGGUCCCCAAGGCCAUCGUGCUGUCGGUUUUUGCGGCCGGCGUGACCGGUCUGCUAUAUUUGAUUCCCGUCAUGUUUGUCCUGCCCAAUGUCAAGACGCUUCUGAACGUCGCCAGCGGUCAACCGAUCGGUCUCGUGUUCAAGAUGGCGACGGGGUCUGCCGGCGGUGGAUUCGGCCUGCUGUUUCUGGUUCUGGGCAUCAUGAUCUUUGCCGGCAUCGGUGCCCUGACGGCCGCCAGUCGGUGCACGUACGCCUUUGCUCGCGACGGGGCCAUUCCCGGAUUCCGCCUCUGGCGCAAGGUGAACCCACGUCUGGAUGUACCGGUGUGGGCCAUCAUACUAUCGGCCGUGAUCGACUGCCUGCUCGGGCUGAUCUACUUCGGGUCGACGGCCGCGUUCAACUCGUUCACGGGCGUGGCGACCAUCUGCCUCUCGACCUCGUACGGCGUGCCCAUCUUCAUCUCGAUCCUCCGCGGGCGCCAGGCCGUCAAGGAAUCGACGUUCUCGCUGGGCCGGUUCGGAUACGCCAUCAACGUCUUGACGAUCUGCUGGAUCCUGCUGGCCGUGGUGCUCUUCUGCAUGCCGGUGUCGCUGCCCGUGGACGCCGAGUCGAUGAACUACGCCAGCGUGGUGUUCGCGGGGUUCGCGGCCAUCAGCAUCGGCUGGUACGUGGUGUAUGCACGCAAGCACUUCACGGGGCCGCCGCUCAGUGGCGAGCAGAUGGCGGAGCUGUCGCCGGUGAUGAGCGGGAAGGCGGUGCCGGACGCAGAGAACGGGGAUGAGAUGGAGGUGGUGAAGAAGUGACGUCCUAUAAAUAUAGCGGAUAUUUUCCUAGUUUACAAUGUAUAUGAUUGAUAUUGAUUCGAUAUGUUGGCUUCGUCAAAACUCGUUCCUGCGUAUGGAUCUUCGCUGUACAUAAGGCAUAAGGCUGAUCAUCAGAGUCAAUGAUCGUUCGUCAUAACUAUUUACUUCCAAGAAAGAAAC